AAAUCAUCAUAGCGUCCACCACGGCUCAAGGUAGCAGUUGUUACAGAGCGGCUGGGGAGACCUUCCUCCUCGAGCCUCAAGGACUGCGCUCUUACAAUGGCCUUGGCCUAUCGGCCAGUGAUGCAAUUAGGUGGCAUGUUGUUAUCUCUGUUGGGAUGGGUCCUGUCCUGCCUCACUACCUACUUACCCCAGUGGAAAAAUCUUAACUUGGAACUGAAUGAACUGGAGAUCUGGACCAUGGGACUCUGGCAAGCUUGUGUUGUCCAGGAAGAAGGGGGAAUGCAAUGUAAGGACUUUGAUUCUUUCUUAGCUUUGCCUCCAGAACUCAGGAUUUCUAGGAUUUUGAUGUUUUUCUCCAAUGGAUUGGGGCUUUUGGGCCUCUUGCUCUCGGGAUUUGGGUUGGACUGCUUGAAAAUUGGUGAACGACAACAGGAUCAGAAGAAACGGCUGUUGCAGUUUGGAGGAAUGCUCUUCUGGAUAUCGGGGAUUACAGCUAUUGUCCCAGUUUCUUGGGUUGCCCACUCCACAGUCCAGGAAUUUUGGGAUGAGAAUAUACCAGAUAUUGUUCCCAGGUGGGAUUUGGGGGAAGCGUUAUUUGUUGGCUGGCUUGCUGGAUUUUGCCUUAUAUUAGGAGGAUUCCUACUCAAUUGCACAAUCUGUUCAACUGAAGUCCAUCCAUCUCCAGGCCAUUACGCAGUAGCAGAACAGCAAGAUCAGUGUCAACACUUGGAAACUGAAACCAGGCCUUAA